AUGUCUGAUACGAAAAGGUUUGUUCCGUUAUUUCGCCGCUGCGAUACGGACGUUCGAGGGAGACAUUUGGUGGCCAGUCGAGCCAUUCCCAAGGGGACUUUGAUUUUUGUGGAACGACCCUUGGUCGCACUACAAAGUUUGGGAAAUCCAGUUUGGGUUUGUCAUGCUUGCAAGGCGUUUGUGGGAGGGCCAAAGGCAGCAUUGCAGAUUCUCGCUCAUCGAACCUUUCCAGAUCAUCCAACGGACUGUUCUGAGGAAUCAGCAGUGGUGCCAUGUCGACAAGGCUGUGGACAAGUAUAUUGCUCCAACCCGUGCGAACAAGAUUUCUGGGAGGCAAGACACAAAUAUCUAUGUACAGGGUCCAUUCAAGACGAUUCUAAAGGUACAAACCAUCCUUUGAUACAGUUCAAACAACAUGCCAUUCAAACCAAUGAAAUAUUCUUGUUGGUGGCAGAAUGGAUUGUUGCAGAAUACACUAUACAGCAACAACAAUUGCAACGCAACAAUAGCAACAGCAACAGCAACAACAGCUAUGCUAGUUGGAUACCCUCCAAUGAUGUCUUUUUGCGUUCCUUAUUAAACAACAACAAUGACGACAACAACAACAAUAAGAAUCCGUUUGAGGACUUUGACAUGGAACCAUGGUGGGAUAUUGAUUCUACUAACGACAAUCAAAACUUAAUACAAGUACCACAAAAGCAAGAACCAACCACACCGGAUAUUCUUAAAAAACUAUGUCAAGAUGCUUCCCAAUUCUGGCAGGAACACUGGAAGACACUCUCCAAACAACAUGUCAACCCACAAUCAAGCAAGAACCUAAACGACAUUUUUGGUCCCUUGCACAUGGCCAACAUUAUUGGUGCCUGUGAAUUAAAUUCCAUUGGAAUUCGAAGACGAAAUCCAUUGUGCAGAGACAUUUUUGACCAGGAUAUCCGAAGGACAAGAAAACAGGAAUUGCUUAUAUGUCUCGAGCAAGCAGGAAUGAUGGAUGCACAAGAAGAAGAAGAACCAGAGGAAGGCAACCAGGACAAUAACAAUGACACGGAAGACAACAACAACAACAACAACAACAAUCCACGACAAACUGAAAACGAGGAGAAUGCCAAUGAGGACGAGGAACUGUACUCGGACGACGAUCUCGCUGGAUUCCUUGCAGGCUUGGACGUCUUUGAAGACCAGCGCGUCAAAGCACAGGGUGAAAAAGCUGGCAUUGAAGAUCCUCAUGACGGACACGAAAACUGCGGUGACGAACAUGAUCACAAUGAUAAUGACCAAGACGAUUUUGACGUUCUCUUUUCACCCUUGGACGGCACGGCAAUGUUUGCCUUGUGCUGCAAAAUGAAUCAUUCUUGUGAUCCCAAUGUCGUCGUCUUGUACAAGUCGGGGGGCUGGGGCCGUUUGUAUCCUCUUGCAGCCCAUUGCGUGGCGUUGCGGGAUAUACAAGAGCAUGAAGAACUUUGCAUCUCAUACAUUGACACAGAUUCUCCUCUGGAGAAACGUCAGGAAGAACUCAAACACUAUGGUUUUAUAUGCAACUGCACCAAGUGUCAAAAGGAAAGGGCUAAUUCCAACGGGGAGAUUCAGUCAGCGGAUGGUGCCCAGGACGAGGACUUUUUGUUUGGAAGCGAUGACUCGGACUCUGAUAAUGAAAGUGGAGACGAUGGCAACGGCAACUAUGCAAAUGACGGGGCGGAAGAACAGGAAAAUAAAUCGAUAGACGGAGUGGAAGCAUUGGCACAAAAAGUCAGCGAACUCGACGCAGUGCUGAAUCAGGCAUCGCUAGGGUCGAUUCCCCUGGCAUGCAUGGCACAAGCUUCAGCUUUUGUGAUUCAGACUGCUAAAGCAGCACAGAAAGAGGGAACAGAUGAAACAGUCUUUGGUUUACUGCAACUGUGUGUUGGAGCCUUGCGAGAACGGGACUUUGUCCUUGCUGAGACGGUCGGGGCCGAUUUGGAACGAGUAUUGUUCUCCAUGCUGAAAAAGGAGUCAAAGUGGCCGUCUAUGACUUAUCGAGAGGCCUUCUGGUGUGCGGCAAUUACGGCGGCUGUGGGGUUCUCACACAAAGGGCUGUUUUUGCCAGCUAUUGGGUACUUGGAUAAGGCGACCAUCCUGGGGUUGGACCGCUCUUCGAUUGAUGAAUUCUUCUCCUACGUGGAAUAUCACGCAUCCCACGUUGCACAGGGGCCCUGUUUGCCAACUCUGCUUGUUGAAUGGAUCCCAGACUACGGAACAUCGGACUUGAGGGGUCUCCUCCAUGACCAAGGGCUGAGCCAACCCAUAGGCUUCCCCAUCCCGGAAUGUAGUGAUGCUGCAGACGACAACAUUCAAUCACUGUACAUAGCAAAGGCCAAGCCAGUUCUUGUGCGACAGUAUGCGAUUGCUUGGCCAGCAAUCCAAAAGUGGCGAUCCCUUACUUUCUUUGCUAGAUACUUUGGACAUCGCCUUGUGCCCAUAGAGCUGGGCUCUAUGAAAAGCGAAUCCGGUAUGAAGGAGAAACUGAUGACGCUUCGAGAGUUCGUGUCUUCUUACUUGUCAAAGAGCUCCGCACUUCAAUGCUGGACACUACAAGACUCAAUCAGUAGACACAACCAAAUUGCGUAUCUGGCCCAACACCCGGUGAUCAAACAAUUGCCAGUUCUCGGAGACGAUAUUGAUUUGAAGCCUUCGCUCUGUGGCAGCUUGGGGCCAACUCAUGUCUACCUGUGGGUUGGAACCGGUGGAACGAGGACUCCACUUCACUUCGACAGCUAUUCCAACAUUUUUGUCCAAGUAGUAGGUGUCAAAUACGUUCGAAUCUACGCCAGGGAAGAGACUUCCAAGCUCUAUGUCAGUGAACGAUCAUCGUAUGGGCUUCAAGGCAACAUGAGUGAUGUUGAUUGUGAACGCGAAAACGUUGAGCUUCAUCCCCUCGCCAAGGAAGCCAAGUUCGAGGAAGUCUUGUUGUUCCCCGGUGAUGCUCUGCACAUUCCAGCCAGGGCAUGGCACUACGUACGAUCGUUAACUACAAGCGUUAGCGUCAACUUUUGGUUUUGA